GCCGGAGGAAGGGAGGGAGAACCGUUAGCCUUUAGCAGUUAGCCUACUCCUCCUUCUUCUGCUCCUUCAGCGCGUCAACCUUGUUGUUGUGUUUGUUUCGUCGCCUCCCGUCCUCCCCUCUCCUCUUCGUCUCCUCUUCUUCUCCUCUUCUCCUCUUUUUCUCCUCCUUUCUCUCGUCUCUCCUGCACUUUUCUCCCGAUGAGCUCCUAUUUUGUCAACUCCUCUUUCCCGGUGACGCUCCCGGGGACGGGUGGAGGCGCCCAGUCGGCGGAGUCGUUCCUCGGUCAGAUCCCGCUCUACUCGUCGGGCUACGCCGCGGACCACCCGCUGCGACACUACCCGGGCGCCGCGGCCGUCACCGCAGCCGCGGCGGUGGCUUACGGCGCCAGCGGCGGCGUGCACCAGGAGAAAGCCUACCCGGCGUCCAGCUACUACCAGCAGGCGGCCGGCGGAGUGUAUGGCGGGCACCGGGCGGCGGCGGUGGGGGGUGCGACCGGAGCCGGUGGCUGCGACUACGCCACGGCGGCUGCGGCGGCUGCGGCGGCGGCCACCAGCUUCUACCGGGACAAGGAGCACCAGUGCAGCCUGGAGGAGCACCAGCUCGCCCUCAGCCAGGAGGGCAUGCACCGGAAGGCGGAGUGCCACGGUCUGGGGGGGAAGGGGCUGUUCGGGGACACGAUGGACGACAAGCACGCGGCGUCAACCCCGAUUUACCCGUGGAUGCAGCGGAUGAACGCGUGCAACGGGACCUUCGGCAGCCCGGGCAGGCGCGGCCGGCAGACCUACACCCGCUACCAGACCCUGGAGCUGGAGAAGGAGUUCCACUACAACCGGUACCUGACGCGGCGGCGGCGCAUUGAGAUCGCGCACGCGCUCUGCCUGACGGAGCGGCAGAUCAAGAUCUGGUUCCAGAACCGGAGGAUGAAGUGGAAGAAGGAGAACAAGCUGAUCAACUCCUCGUCUUCCUCCUCCUCGUCCUCUUCCUCCACGGUGAACGGUGCCGAGGAAGAGGAGAAACGGACGGAAUGAAAGAAGGGAAAAUUAAAAAGAAAUAAACUGAUGUGAGAAACAUAAAAGAAGAGGAAGAGGAGAAUGGAUGCGAAGACAUGCCUGUUCAGUCCUCCCCAUCUCAAACUGCGUCCAGAGGUGACUGGUGUGAAAACUUUGGGGCUAAAAAAGUAUAUAUAACAUUUUCUUUUUUUUACCUGAGGAGGGAUGAGGGGAGAACGGGGGAGAAAUAGAAGUCCCUCUAAUGUCGCCGGUCACUUAACAAUUUCAUCCAACUGCUUCUUUGGACUGUGUCCGCCUCUCUGUCUCAAACUGGGAAAUAAUUUGGAGGGAGAAGGAACCGCCAGACUGUGGAAAGAAAGGAAAGCAAGAAAAAAGAGAAAUAGCGAUGUGAAAAGGGAGAAAGAGGGUGAAGUGUGGCAUUGUGUAUUUAAAAAAUACAACAAUGUACCCCGCAACCUAACGGGGACGAGCUGCUCGGAGACACAAAAAUUCCUUGUUGCAUUCCAAGAAAACCACCUAACUUAGUUUUUACUUUAUUUUAUUUGAUGUCAAAUGUACUUCUUAUCUGUCAGGCACUUGCUGUGAAGCUUUAGGACACCCCCCCUCCCCCCGGAAACCAAACGAUCUUAUUUUGUAAACGUGUCGUGUGUGUAAUAUACCUUCGAACAAGCCCAUACACACAGCGCGGGUCACCUGAGGAGUGUGUGUUUGUCAUACGGUGUUCAUAUUUAAACUGUAUAGAAAUAAGCAACGGAGAACCCACCCUGUAUACGUUGAAAAUGAUGUAAUUUUUUGGGUGGGGGUAAUUUAACCUUUCCAGCUGUUUGACUUUUUCCAGUAUUUGCGCUAUA